CGAGGAAUUAACCAAUCAUUGAGCAAAUAUGAUGAACAUAGAAAAUAAGAAACACAAGAGUGUUUACUGUACGUAAAGUUUUAUGAAAGGGCGAUUCGGCAUUAGGAUUGGUUAGAAACGUAUACCAGGAGGAUGGACAAAUAACCGCAAAUUGUGUGUGGUAUUCUUGUUUAUUGUGCAGUAAGGAGUUGUCUUUUUUUUCCUUCAUUGUUUAUAUCUUAUUAUAUUUUACUACCUCCCAUUUAUGUGGAGGAGUUUCUGGUAUCUACGAGCUAAAUAUUUCAUUUUUACUCAAACACGCAGUGGAUAUUUCGUAAUACGGUGAUGGAAACUACAAGAGAAGUCAAACACAGAGUUAUUUCAAUAUUGUUUGCUAUUGUUUACAUGAUCUGUAAUAAGCCGUGAAUUUCGGCGUUCAGUUAAUAUUAAAAUAUCGUCAGGCGUCUAUUAUGGAAAACAAAAGUUGCAACAAUUUUAUCAGUUAUGUGGGACUUGAAGAGCAUGAGAUUCAGACUUUGAGUUCCAGUCGCCGUAAUUCAUUAAUUGAGAAUAGCAUUAAAUUAUUACCAGGAGAAGUUCUUAUUGCUGAAGCACAAAGUGUUCUUAUGUUUUCACCAGUCAGUGACUUGAAGCAAGGUAUAUCGGGUGUAUUGUCGGUGACUAAUUUCAAGCUUACUUUUAUUACUAGUGAUGACUCGAAUGGAGAGGAUGUUACUCACCAACAAAAUCACCUAUAUGGGUAUACAGAUACAUGUUUGACAAAUAUUGAUGAAAUUUACAUAAUGGUGGGUGAUAAAAAAAGAAAACUAGUUCCUGGCAAUACAGUACCAUCAAAAGUGAAAGGAAUAUUCAUUAUUUGUAAAAAUUUAAGAACAUGGUCUUUCUCUUUCAAAUUUUCUCCUCUUGGACAUGGUAAAAAUCUCCUUACAGCAUUGCUACAUCAUGCUUUCCCUAGCAGACAUCAGUUGUUAUUUGCCUAUGAUUACAAGGAAGCUUAUUACAGCAGCCUUGACAAAAACGUCCAACUAUUUCGAGAUUUAUCAGAUUGGCAAAACGAAUUAAAAAGAACACUGAAUAGUGAUGAAAUCAGGAAAGGUUGGAGAUUAUCUACUGUUAAUGCCAAAUUUCAGCUUUGUCCUAGUUUAUCGCAAUAUGUGAUCGUACCUGCAUCUGUAACCGAUAGUCAGUUAACAGAUGCAGCGAGGCAUUUUCAAGGUAAUAGACCUCCGGUGUGGUCUUGGACAAAUGUGUAUGGAGCAGCGUUAGUAAAAAUGUCUGAAUUGUUACCGACGAUAACAGAGAGGAGGCAAGAGAACAUUAUGUUCGAAAAUGUUCGUAAAAGCCAUCCUCAGAAGAUGCCGCCGGUUGUUAUCGAAUUAAAUAAAGAUAUUAAUGUAAAGUUAAUAGCUGUAGGUUUUUCUAAAUUCAUUAGUUUAUGUUCGGCAGAAAAUAUUAGACAAUUUUGGAUUCAAGAUAAUAAUUUUUAUUCGUUGUUAGAAAAUACAAAAUGGCUUAAGUAUAUAUCGUACUGCUUGCAAAAAGCAGUCGAUGUCUGUGACCGUCUUAAUUUAGGGUACUCUGUCAUCUUACAAGAAGGUGCCGGUAGAGAUUUAUGCUGCGUUAUAUCAGGUUUAGUUCAACUAUUACUGGAUCCUCAUUUUCGCACUAUCACGGGCUUUCAAUCGUUACUGCAAAAAGAAUGGGUCGCUGGAGGUCAUCCAUUUUGCGACCGAUUAGGCCAUAUUGUUAAAACUAACUCGGAGAAGUCUCCAUUGUUUCUACUGUACCUCGACUGCGUUUGGCAAUUGUGUCAACAAUACCCGACCGAAUUCGAAUUCACGGAGACUUACUUGACUACGUUAUGGGACACCGCGCACGUUUCUAUCUUUGACACCUUUAUCUUUAAUUGCGAAAGAGAUCGGGCAGUGGCAGCUAUGGAUCCCAACACACCUCUUGUGCUUCGUAGCGUUUGGGACUGGCGGGAGCAGUUCAGCGAUCAAGAUAUCUUGUUAUUUUACAACCCUCUGUUCGUACCUCGCAAUACCAGUAAGACGGACAGCAGGGCGGUCCUGAAACCUUCCUGCGCUAUUUCCAGCUUAGAACUUUGGACGCAGUGUUACUUCCGAUGGAUACCGGCACUCGAGAUUCAUAAUGGCGGGCAAAGGCAUGCCGAGCUCUACGUCAGAUUGCUUCAGAAUGACGUGAAUCAACUUAAGAUCAACGUGAACGGCAAUUGCGGCUCACCCGUGGACAAAGUCGGUGUCUACUCCCUUCAUACGAACAUCGAUAGCUUUUAUCCCUUUAGCAAUAAAAGAUCGGGCAACACCAUCAGUACCCCGAUUAUGAAUAGUUCAAUUCUCAUAACAGAGAGCUUAUUAGACGCACAAUCAUUGAUAACCGCGACUGACGUUAAUUGUUUAAUAAAUAUCAUGUUGGAUAAUUCUACUGCCAUUCGACGUCCAAAGGAUCAAGCUUCCACUAAUGGAGCUCAGAAGAAUGCUAGAAAAAGAACAUCCACUCUGGCAAUGGAAGAUAGUUCAAGCCAUCCGAAAGCUGUCUCCAACUUGGACGCGGAACACUUAACACUCUGGCAACAUCCAAUUAUAACAUUGCAUUAUUUCUUUAAUGAAGUGUUCAUUAAUCUGAUUAGUUUAGCAAAGAAGACAUUGCUUUAUAAACGGACAGUAUGUGCUGCAAUUUCGGUUGUAAUACUGUUUCUUGCGUUAAGUAGGAUUUCUGGUCCUCAGCAAGAGAUUAUUAAGUUAUGGGAAGCUAAGAUUAUAUGGUGGUUAUAUUGGGUAGGAUUAGGUGUAUUAUCAAGUGUGGGCCUUGGAACAGGUUUACACACUUUUGUGUUAUACUUAGGGCCACAUAUCGCAGCUGUUACUAUGGCAGCGUACGAAUGUGGCGGUCUGAAUUUCCCUGAACCACCAUAUCCUGACCAAAUAGUAUGCCCGAGCGAAGUUGAUCCACAAUGGACAGCGGGCAUAUUGAAUAUAAUGAGUAAAGUACGCGUAGAGGCCAUGCUGUGGGGAGCUGGCACCGCGCUCGGCGAGUUACCGCCGUAUUUUAUGGCCAGAGCCGCGAGAACAAGUGGGCAAAGUAGUAAAAGUGAGAAUUUCGAUCAAGAAGAUCUAAAAGAAUUGGAGGCCCUGGAAGCAUUGGAGAAUGGAGAGAACGUAUCACUUGUAAUGCGUUUGAAGUUGACCAUGAAGCAAUUUGUAGAGAAAGCUGGAUUCUGGGGUAUACUGGCCUGUGCAUCGAUUCCAAAUCCGCUGUUUGACUUGGCUGGUCUGACAUGUGGACAUUAUCUCAUUCCAUUUUGGACAUUCUUUGGCGCCACGCUGAUAGGAAAGGCUGUUAUUAAAAUGCACAUACAACAAUUAGCAGUAAUCAUAGCCUUCAAUGAAGAACUUUUAGAUAAAUUUAUUAGUUUACUAGCGGUUGUGCCGUUUGUCGGCACGAAAUUCCAGGAACCAUUGAAGAAAUAUCUCAUUGAACAGAAACAGAAGCUGCACGAUAAGUCUUCUGCGGAUGGAACGACUACAAUAUCAUGGUUGUUCGAUAAAUUUGUAAUGUUGAUGGUUUGUUACUUCUUAGUGACGAUUAUUCACGCAUUAGCACGAAAUCAUCAUCGUAGACGAACUAAACCAUCUAUUGAUUAGAAUCCAUGGGGCAUAGGAUAAUUAGUUAAAGAUAUGAAAUAAGUUCCACACUGCAACAUGCGAGUGAAUAUAAAAUUUGUUUUCACAGCGAGACAAGUGCGGUAUAUAGGAAUAUAAAGGAUGCGUUGACAAAUUUCCAUUUCUAUGGUUUCAAUGUUGCAUUAGAAAUAUAAUAUGCAUUAUAGCGGAGUAUGAAACAGAUUAUUGUCUAUUUUUUCGUUUUUUUAGUUUUUGUCACUUUUUUUCUUCUUGAUGCUUUCAUUUGUGUUACAAUACAUAUAAAUGUUGCAAAGAUUCCUAAUAUACAGGUGAUUUACAUGUAUAUAGACUGAUGUCUUUUAUAAUACAAGAUUUAUGUACAGUGCAUGAAAUAAAUAUCUAAGCUGCAUAUUCUGCAAUACUUGUGCACAAUCGGUUGAUACUCGUGCUUCUGUAUGUUAUAUAUCGGUGGUUAUCAGGGAUUGAAUUUAGAGUAUUUUGCGACGAGCAAUGAAAAAAAAAUAUUCUAUAAUCAAUAAAAUUGAAUAUCCAGAAAAUGUCCGGUUUCUAUAUAUAUAAAUUUUGUAUACAUGUCUUAAGACAUUGGCAUGGGAUGUGAAAAUCUUACAUUAUCUGCCGAUGCUUUAUCACAUAAAAAGAAGUAUUAUAUUAUGUAAUAAAUGACUGAUUUAGGGGAAACAGUAGAUUAUUAUGAAUAAAAGACAUGUAAUUGAAAUAUCAAUAAUAUACGCUACAAACGUAUACCGUAAAGCGUGUGUGUAUGUGUGUGUGUGUGGGUGUGGUGUGUGUUAAUGAUAGCACAUGUGUAGUAAACAUAAUUAUGUAAAGCUUUUUUAUAACGUAUAAAUAUCGAACAUAGUACGUGGGGCGGAUGUUACGCGGAUUUAGUGAUAAACAUCGAUAUUUACAAAAUUUAUAUUACACACUGUAAGCAUUUUUCAACGAGAAAUCAAUAUCUUGAUCAAUUAAGUUCGAUUUUCCAGUUCUGAUAUCUCGAAAUGUUUCAAUGUGCAUCGAAGUCUGCAAUAAAUGUCAUUGUUUAUAAAAGACACACGAGAAACGCACAGUCGAGCCUUGCAACAUUCAUUUCCGCUACUUGUCUCCGUACUAGUGGAUUCUCGGACUACUGACGUAAUGACGCCUUUGUUCGCAUCUCGGCGAUCUUUGUACACCCUCGCGCAUCAGCAUGUGGUCGACCAUAAUUUUCAUCAAAGUGCGCCGCGCCUUAUGAACGAAAAGUGGCACAAACGCGGCCCGUUUUUGAUUUAUAUAUGUCGAGCAGUCCGAGAGUUACAGCUGGAAACGUAUAUCCGGGACUGUGAAGAGGUAUCUGGGACGAGAGCAUGACUAGGCUACCAUAAAGAAGAAUUCCUGGCUUUGAAACUAGCCGACGCGAAACUUAUAUCUCGUUAGACUGACAUUUAUUGAAAUAGUGCUUCAAUAGCGAACCAAGCUUAAUGAUGUGCUCGAUAUUGAAAUCUUUUUUUAAGAUUUAUUGUGAAUUUUAUUUAAAAGUGGUUGGAGUAAAGAAAUAAUGAAGUGUGAGUCUGUUGGAUUACGAGGAGAAAAUUCUUCUGUCUUACGAUGUAACACAAGACACAAAGAAUUUGUACCGUUAGAUGAUGUUUAAAUAAAAAUUCGCACGAUGCGAUCUGCAUUUA